AUAAAAAUACAUCUAUAUAAUACAUGUGCUGAGGUUAUUUCAUAUUCUCAUCUGUGCUGAUGUUCUAUUAAUGUGGGAAAAUUAAUUAAGAAAAUGGCAUCAUUAAAUGUUAUAGGACUGACCACCACAAUGUUGCCUAGCAACGGUACAGACAUUAUGGUAAACAAAGAGAUGCAGGUUGAAACAGUGAUCGUGAUUCUUUGGAUAUCCGGUGGAGUAUUACUGAUAGCCCUGAUUAUACUGUUGGCAUGUAUCCUGAGGACAAACAAGAAAGGCAGAAGACGUUCUAAUCCUCUAAGGCCUGGUGUCUUUAGAGUACUGGAAAGUGCAAAUGGUGGAGUCAAUCCAAGCUACACGAGUUACGACGAGAUUUGGACAUGGAUUCCAGUUGUCAGGGGCGACGAAGCUUCAUGUCCUCCACGCCAGGAAACGUCACGUAACGUAACCAUAUCACCAGCAUCUACGUCACUGGCGUCUAAUCUAGAACCACCACCAUAUAGUGUGGCCAUUUCAACGCCAUCUAGACCUCACAGCAUUCCACGCUAUUCAUCUGCAGCUAUGGCUGUAUCCACGGCAACUACCUCGUCAUACGGAAAUCCGGUUAGUAAUAUAGCAUCUACAGUCUCGAUAAGUGCUGAUAGGUCAGGUCAAACAAUUGUCAAUUCAUGCUCUCCGGUAAUUAGCUCACAUGCCCAAAGAGGUAGGCAUCACACAUCACACAAUGCACAAAUUACAUCAACUUCCGGUCACAUAUUCACUAGCACUCCUAUAUCGAGUCCUCGAAUUAACCAAAGAGUAAUGGGAAGAAACGAACCAAUCAGAAACCCUGUGAUAAAUUCAAACCAUGGGAAUUCCACUUGUUCUCAGUUUGAAAGAAACCAACGACCCCAAAGUUGUUAUGAGCAUCCUAACGAUGAUGUAAGGAGUCCCCUUCCUAACAGACGAUCACUUUUUGGGGAAGACCCAACAAGAUUAUAUAGCAAUCGGGAUAGAAUACACAGAAAUGAUAUACCAACUGCUUCCCCUUGCCAGGGAAAUACUCAGGUUGAAACGCCACCUUUCACCUAUGACCCCGAAGAGGGUGUUUACUCAUACCUUGCAGGAAGCAUUGGACGACGGAUAUGGUGUGAUAUUCCCCCGAGUCUGUUAGACGAGGACGGACCACCACCAUACACCCGCAAUGCAGAUCUUCGUAGUAGGGAAUACUACCAGAGAAGACCCCGAACAGAUAGACCUGCGCCAUUAGUUAGGCUUGAAUAUGAUUACUUCUGACAACGACCGUAUCACGUGACUUACGUGUGAUGCAUAACAUCAGAAGACGCCAUUAGUGCCAAAGAAUUCCGAAUGGUGCCCAGACUAUGACACAAUACUCAAAUAUAUGUGUUCAGAUAUUGCUUUAGUGCCUUAAAUCGUAGUGCAAUUGUGUUUACAUAUAUGUUUAAAUGCUGUUUUAAGCUGUAAUAUGCUUUAGUAAGCUUAUUGUUUAGGCUACUAAUCGCAAUCUUUUUUGUGUGCAAUCUUGCCAGGACUAUGAUAUUAUAUGUGUAUAGACAGUGUCGAGAGGAGAAAAAAAAUCAAGUCAUGUGCCAAUGGUAUGUUUGUAUGUGUUUGCGUAUGUAUGUGUGUGUGUGUAUGGCAGAAAAUGUUUGCGAGGCUGUAGCCACUUUACUAAGUGUAUUAUCCUAAUAAAACAGUGAUUGUGCAUUCUCCUGUUUCGUCAAUACUGGUAAUGUUUGCAGUAUAACUGAAUAACUUGUGCCUGUAUCUAAACAGUACACUAGAAUAUUAAUCUAUUUCUGUUGCUAAAAGGGUUUCUGGAAGGGACAUGCAUGCAAGUUGGUGUACCUUUUUUUUUGUAUGUGAAAAUCAAAGACUUCAUUUUUUGUAUUCAUGUAAAAGGUAACUGUGAAAUUUGUUAAAACUGAUCAACGUCAGUAUUUCUUUCUAUCUAUAAUUGUAAUUCACGCUUCAUUAGAUACGUCUAAAGAAGCAACCAGUAUUUGACUUACACAGAAUUUAUACGUCAUCCCACACUAUACUGUAUGGGUUUUUUUCAUUGUCGAAGGCCGCACGAUUGCCUUGAAUUGCUUACUUUUACUUCAUUUGAACUCUGGUGGAUAAUUGUCUCUUGGCAAUCAUACCACAUCUUCUUAGUUUUAUAUUAACCGUUUAUACAUCUGUUAUGGUCAGGAUUAUCUUCCGUUUCCCGUGUAAUACAUCUGUAAUGGUCUGGAUUAUCUCUCGUUUCCCUCGUAAUAUAUCUGUUAUGGUCUGGAUUAUCUCUCGUUUCCCGCUUAAUCCAUCUGUAAUGGCCAAUGAAAAAAAUUCGACGUUGAUUAUGUCCCAUUUAUUAGAACAAAUCUUAACUUCAAACUUACUCAGAAUGCUCCAGACUCAGAAAUUACAUGUUAUAAAUUCAAUGGUAACCCAUUACCAUCUUCAGACAAGUUAGUUGUCCUAGACAUUAUCCCUAUGGUGAAUUGUAAGGAAUGAUUUGGCGAGCGUGGGAGAGACUGAGCGAUACUGAUUAGAUGGUGCUGAUUGUAUAUAUAACAUAACUGUUUAGUAUGUAUUUAUUUUUAUGUUUAUUCUUAUUAAGCUUGUUCAGAGAAACGUUCACCUGUUGUGAUAUUCGCGAAUUUAGAAUCCAAAGGACACUGGGUUAAUGCAUUGUUCGUGCUACAAAAUGAUAAAAACGUCAUAUAUUUUGUUGAACUUUAAUUGUGUAUGACGUUGUUAGGUGGGGUACGCUUUUGGAAAUAGUACCCAUAUUACAAUAGAUUCUGAAACGGUUGAGUGUGCAGAAAAGAUAAAGCUAUGUUUUUUAAAAUAGUUACUAUAGUAAUGUUUUAGAAACAAAUUCUCAUCUUGUCAAAUGUAAUUUACUUGAAUUAUUUUAUACUAGAAGGAAAAUUGUAAUCUCGGGGUAAUGGAUUAUCUUGUAAAAAUUCUGUUAAUUAAAAUUUUAAACUAGAUGGAAAGUCCCAAAGUUUGGGGUAAGGGUUAAUACAAAUCUAGCCGAAAUUUCUUAAUCAAAUUUUAAACUAAAACGAAAGUCGUAGAUUGGGGUAAUAACAAAUCUAGUCAAAUUUUUUUUGAUAAACAAAUUUUAAACUUGAUGGGAAGUCGUAAGUUUGGGGUAAUUGAAAAUCUAGUCGAUUGUUUUAACCAAAUGUUGAAAUACAUGGAAUGUCAUUAGUUUUGGGGUAAUUGGAAAUUUCUUUUAAUUAAAACAUGUGAUACGCAUACAUGACGUAUGUUUUAAGACGCCAUUACUGGCAAACUACAGUAAGAAAAUACAGUGAGCAAUAUAAAGAUACAAGUAUCUAGUCAAUUAUAUUUAUAAUAAAGCCGUGUCAGUAUUAACCCUGUCCAUAAAGGUCCACGCCUUGUUGUUAUGAAAACUAUAAAAAAACGUUUUGUUUUUUUUUAUAAACAAAGAUGAAGACCUCCCCACCUACCGAGACCCUCACGUUCAUGCUAUUUUGUUAGGUACAUGUUUAGAGAGCAUCGAAAUAAGAACGUAUAGUUUUAAACUAUUUAACAACGAGAGAUUUAAGUAUCAUUCUAUACAAUUAAAUUCAUGAUUGCCUCUAAACAACCUGAUUGUCGGUAUUAAAUUACUAAUAAAAACCAAUGGUUUUCUGGUAACAACUUGACGUGGAUCACGUGAUUAUGUUGUGUGGAUCACGUGACUAUGUUCUGUGGAUCACUUGACUAUUAUCAGUAUUAGACAAUAAGUUAUCUAUGUAAAUAUAUAUAAAUUAUGUUGCCAUAUUAUGUAGUUUAUAAUGAAUUUCUAUGUUGCAUUAUUUAGCUGUUAGAUAAGUUAUAUUAUUUGUAUCUGAUUUGUGUUUUCGCGUUACUUAUAUGAAUUUUGAUAUGUUAUUGUAUGCUGUAUAUUUUAUUAGGGAACGACCAAUUAACUUUGAAAAGGGGUAAAUGUUUUUCUUUAUCAUUCUGAAAAAAAUCAAACAGCAAAUUGUUUAUAUUAUUGUCGCGAAUUGUUUUUACUGAACCUUAACUUGAAUGGCAAAUACUUUCAAUCAAUUUUUUACCCUUCUCCCUAGGCCUGAUCAAAAUAUUUUAUUCUUCAAUGUUGGAAAUCGGAAUAGUUCUAAGAGAAAAAAAAUAAUCACAACCCCCAGUCUCAGUGGUUAUUCCCUUACACCUGACAGAAAUUUCAAAAUGGAACCAUUUCAAUCUGUUAUAAUGUAUGACAUAAUUAAUCUUAAUAGCCAUUUUAUAAUACUGUUUUAUAUAAUUUGUAUUUUGCCAGGCAUUUUGAUAAUUUGUAUUUUGCCAGGCAUUUUGCCUCAGUGCUUAUUUAAUAAAACAAUUUUAUUAAUA